AUGAAAUUUUCAGUCUAUUCAAUCAUCCCAGUUGCUUUAUUAGCCACCACUGCUUUAGCUGCUCCAGCUCCAGUUGCUGCUCCAUUACCAUCAGUUUCAUUACCAGCUGAUGUUGGUUCAUUAGCUUCAGGUGUUCCAACUAGUGUUACUUUACCAAGUGGUAUUCCAAACUUACCAGGUGCCGUCUCAGGUGGUGUUUCAAACAUCACUGGUACUUUAGAACAAAUCACUUCAUUAUUAACUUCAUCUGAUUUACCAAGUGGUACUUUAGACAACGUCACUGAUAUUGUUAAAGGUUUAGUUGGUGGUAUCAUUGACACUUUAGGUACUGCUACCGGCUUAGAAGGUGUUUCAGAUGCUUUAAACAACUUAUUAAAUGAUACUUUUGGUAAAUUAGAUGAUUUAUUGAAAAACUCUGGUUUAUCAGCAACUUUGAACAGAACUUUAGAUGGUUUAGUUGCUUCAUUAAAAUCAUUAUUAACCAACUUAUUAUCAACCAUCAACUCAGUCUUAGACAACUUAUUACAUUUGAACUUAAUUGGCGUUGUUGUUGCUUUAUUAUCUGGUGUUUUAUCCACUUUAGAUCAAUUCUUAGCUACCUUGAAAAACGGUGUUUUACCAUCAAAAUAG